AUGGCGGCAAACAAUGGAACAGCAGUGAGGAAGAUGAAAUUCAUCCAUUACCUGGCCGGCAAAAGGGCACCCGUAUCCAAUCUGAAGAGCCGGCAAAAGGAUGAUCACUGUCUUGGAGAAAACCAGGGUGCGCCGGCAACGCUGCACGCCGUCAGAAUCCGCAGCUCGUCGACGGUGCCUGGCAUGUGCCACAACGACAGCACGACGUCGCUGAGGGCGAACACCGUCGACGAGCUCCACUCGCUGCAGAGGAAGCCUGUGCCGGUGGAGAAACACCAUAGGCUGCCGCGCCAGUUUAUCAGUGCAUCCUUGGCAUCGAUGACACAUGGGGUUGGGCCAAAACUGGUCAAAGGUGACCCAGCAAGCAAAAAGGAAAAUGGCAACGUUGUGACACAUCACCAACACAGUGUCACUGUCCCCACCAUCAGUGUGGGCGACAGUGACCUCAAGUUCACCUGUGUUAUGUACAACCUAUCAACUUCUGAACUUUAUGAACAUGCAAUCAAAUAUGAGAAAGGGUCGUUCAUUACAUCAAGUGGGGCAUUAGCAACGCUAUCAGGAGCAAAGACCGGUCGAUCACCUAGGGACAAACGUGUUGUCAAGGACGAAACAACUGAUGAUCUCUGGUGGGGGAAGGGGUCACCAAACAUUGAAAUGGAUGAACAUACCUUCCUUAUCAAUAGGGAGAGGGCUGUUGACUACUUGAACUCCCUCGACAAGGUGUUUGUUAAUGAUCAAUUUUUAAACUGGGACCCCAAUAAUAGGAUCAAAGUUCGUAUCAUCUCUGCUAGGGCCUACCACUCCCUCUUCAUGCACAACAUGUGCAUCCGGCCAACAUACGAGGAACUAGAGAAUUUUGGCGAGCCAGACUUCACCAUAUACAAUGCUGGGCAGUUCCCAUGCAACCGUUACACACAUUACAUGACAUCCUCAACAAGUAUAGACAUCAACCUCAAGAGGAGGGAAAUGGUUAUACUGGGCACACAGUAUGCUGGGGAGAUGAAGAAAGGCUUCUUCAGCGUGAUGCACUACCUCAUGCCCAAGAAGCAGAUCCUCUCCUUGCACUCUGGCUGCAACAUGGGCAGAGAGGGUGAUGUAGCCCUCUUCUUUGGAUUGUCAGGUACUGGAAAGACAACUCUGUCAACAGACAGGAAUAGGAUCUUGAUUGGGGAUGAUGAACACUGCUGGAGUGAUAAUGGUAUCUCUAACAUUGAGGGUGGCUGCUAUGCUAAGUGCAUAGAUCUUUCUCAUGAGAAAGAGCCUGACAUUUGGGAUGCAAUCAAGUUUGGCACAGUGUUGGAGAAUGUUGUUUUCGAUGAGCACUCCCGUGAAGUUGAUUAUACAGAAAAAUCUGUCACAGAAAAUACCCGUGCUGCUUACCCUAUUGAAUACAUAGCUAAUGCUAAGAUACCAUGUGUUGGGCCACACCCAAAGAAUGUUAUUCUACUGGCAUGUGAUGCAUUUGGUGUCCUCCCUCCUGUCAGCAAGUUGAGCCAUGCACAAACCAUGUACCAUUUUAUCAGUGGCUACACUGCAUUGGUGGCUGGUACUGAAGAUGGUAUCAAGGAGCCGCAAGCUACAUUCUCUGCUUGCUUUGGUGCAGCCUUUAUCAUGCUCCACCCAACUCGGUAUGCUGCCAUGUUGGCAGAUAAGAUGAAGAAGCAUGGAGCUACUGGAUGGCUUGUCAACACUGGCUGGAUAGGAGGAAGUUAUGGUGUAGGUGAGCGGAUCAGUUUGGCCUACACUAGGAAAAUCAUCGAUGCCAUUCACUCCGGUGAGCUCUUGACUACAAGCUACAAGAGGACAGAGGUCUUUGGACUAGAUAUCCCCAUAAAAGUUGAAGGAGUUCCAUCCGAAUUGCUUGACCCCAUAAAUACUUGGGAGGACAAAAACUCAUACAAGUCGACACUUCUUAAGCUGGCAGAUCUGUUCAAGAAAAAUUUCGAGGUAUUUGCAAAUUACAAGAUCAGUGUUGUUAGUGACCUGGCUGAUGAGAUUGCUGCUGCAGGACCAAGUUUCUGAUUUUAACGAAACAGAAGUAGUAUGUCUUAAUGU